AUGGCAGACAUCGCCGGCGAUGGCGCUGUUGACCCCGAUGCGCAAGCUGCCGUCACCGACUUCCUUGACUACACAGAAUACCUUCCCGCCGACCUCAUUCGAUCCUUCACGUUGAUACGCGGCCUCGACGACACCUAUCUCGACAAAACGUCUACACUGAACGAUCUUACCAAGCUGUAUGGCUCGCUGCCUACGAUCACUCCAGCCGCUAGGCCAGAUCCACAAGAACUCCGCAGUCAGAUUUCCACACAUCUAGAUUCUGCGCUCAACGCUAGAGAGUCUGCAUAUGCUGAAGCAUGUCGACUCUACGAUGUGGUGGACAGACAUCAAAAUCGCUUGAAGAGCAUCUUAGCCAAACUAAACGCCAUACCAAAACCCCCGUCACGAGACCCAACACCUCAGCCGCCAACAUCACCACAGAUCAAACGCUCUCGCAGCGGGCGAAAACUUGAAGAUGGCCCUUCCACACGAUUAACCCUCCACCCUCCUCGCGGGACUACAGUGGCUUCGGCCAUUCUCAGAAAGCCUCGUGGCCGACGGGUUACUGUUCCAGGCGAGGUUAUGCCGCCAUACGAUCCUGACUCGCCCAUUGCAAGCACAGAAGUAUCCGACUGGGAAUCGCCUCCGCCAUCACCACCGCGUCAAGUACUGAAGCUCAAACAACCAAAGAUACCAUCAGCGGUUUCUCAGCGAAGAGAAAAGUCCUCGCCUGAGUUGGACAGACAACGAGACGUCCGAGAAACGACUGAGCCCUAUCGCAAACCCACUCCACCGCCCGAAGACGCGCCAUUAGGAAGCAAAUACAGGCCGUGGACGCAUCUGACGGAAUAUGAAAUGUACAAAUUGAGGAAGAAAAUGAAGAAAAAUCUUGCAUGGGAACCAAGUGAUAUCAUGAUCCGGCGCGAGUUGGCCGAUCGAGGGCGAGGGUGGGAGAAUUACUAUCGAGGUAAGGCCGACGCAGACGCCAACGGCACUACAUUCUACGACAUCGAUAGUGUUGAGAGAUCGAAACCCAAACUUGAGAAGGUGGGCAAGAUGGGAAAGAUCGAGGUGAAAGAGACAGGGGACACAGUAGAGGUUGUCGAGCCUGCGCACGACUCCGACGAUGACGAGAACGAAGAGACAAUAGUCGUACCCAGCGCGAUACCCACGCCCAGUCAGACACCGGGGCCAAAGGGCAAAGCGAGUAAGAAAGAUACAAAGAAAGAGAAGAAGGCGGAUCCAGCUCGAUCACAGGCCGCUUUGGCAGCUCAGGAGGCAGAACUUGCGGCCAGGAGAUUGAGUGACAUUGGCUCCAAAUUUCGCAACCUGUUCUCGACGCCCUUCGCUUCAGCACUCGCAUCGCUGAGCCGAAGCACCAGUACUCCCAAUCGUACCGCCACUCCGGCGAAGAAGACACUCGAAAAAACGUCCAGGAAGAGAAAGGCAGAAGAUGCACCCGCAUCAUCUGUUUCCCCAUCAGCAGAAGCUGACGCGGCAAGAAAAAAGCAGAAAACGCUGCCGAAACCGUCGCCUCUGGGCACAAGUCCUCCAGCGGCUGCCCCAGUCGCGCCCAUCAGCGAACCUCCGGUCACAAGCGCAGGAACCAUCAAGAUCCCACUUAAACUCACAGUCUCGAAUGCCGCUGCGCCAGCAUCUAACAUGUCUACACCUGCACCUCCAACACGAGCAGGAAGUGUACAACGCGCGUCAGUCGCUCCCAAGAGAGAAUCUACGCCACCUCUUCCUUCGAGACCACCAUCUCGUCUGUCGGGCGCUGCAUCUGUCGAACCACAACCGACGAGGUCCAGUCGUCGCACUUCCAUGACUCCCUCGGUCGCUGGACGCAAGACUCCUGCAGCUGAACCGAGCCCAAGGUCCACCGCGGCAAGUCGACGCAGCAAGCGCGAUGCACCCGGUACCGUCACUCAAUCUAGUCAGGAUGGCGGCGCUGCUGUUAGUGUCAGCAUGCGUAAAACCAAGCCUGUCAAGAAUCAAAAGGUAACUGCCAAGGUCAAUACCACACCAGCCCCAGCGGACGUGGGUGCGAACGCGGCUCCGUUGCCACAGAUUCGCAUUGAUGCGGAUGGGCGCCAGGAGAUCAUUGAUCCGGACGAAGAACGAUACUGUGUCUGUGGAGAUGUCAGCUGGGGAGAGAUGAUUUGUUGCGAGAUGGAUGAGAAGUGCGAUUUUGGUCAAUGGUUCCAUAUGGAGUGCAUCUCCCUGGCGGAAUUGCCCCCACGAACAGUGAAGUGGUACUGUCCUGGUGAUCGAAAGAAGUUGCACAAAGGAGAGAACAGCAAUGGACUUGUUGGAAGAGGCAUCAAGUAA